GGCACGUCACCAUGAAAAGGUGCAGUGAGCCGACCAAUAGAGGAGCAGCCGGGUCCGCGCAGGCCCCCCUCCUCUCCCGAAUCCAUUGUGGAGACCGCCAAAACAGUAGCUUUUGUUCGGUUCAGUUUCGUGUUGGCAGUUAGAUCGAACGGGCGGUAGCGCUACGUCCACUGUGUAGUUUGAUAACAGAGUUAGCUACAGUUUCCACCAAACUCCAGCCGGUAUUAGUGUGUAGUUCUGUUCCCUGGAACCGCGUCAGUGUUCGACUGCGGCCACGAGUCGGUGUUGAGUUGUUGUUAGUUCAGUAGUUCAGUGUUCCACGGUUCCUCACAGUAGAGGAAUACAGGCAUCCUGUUGACACCAGUUCACAUUAUUAGCAACACUGGAAAUCUACCUGGAAAUGGACGCGCAGAGCCAGGACGGCGGGGCCGGACCGGCCGAAGUGCCCAACGACCCCGGAAAGAUGUUCAUAGGCGGUCUCAGCUGGCAGACUAGUCCAGAGUCCUUGCGGGAAUAUUUUAGUAAAUACGGAGAAAUCACAGAAGUAAUGGUGAUGAAGGACCCCACGACGCGCCGGUCAAGCAAGGUGGCGGGCGAGCUCACGGACCAGUCCUCGGCCCCCAUGUACACCUCAAGGGGGUUCGGAUUCAUCACGUUCGCCGACCCUUCCAGUGUAGACAAGGUCCUGUCGCAAGGAACACACGAACUAGAUGGAAAAAAGAUUGACCCCAAAGUCGCCUUCCCCAGAAGAGCACAUCCCAAAAUGGUUACGAGGACUAAGAAGAUCUUCGUUGGAGGCCUCUCAGCACCAACGACAUUAGAAGACGUCAAAAACUACUUCGAACAGUUCGGAUCGAUUGAGGAUGCCAUGCUCAUGUUUGACAAGCAGACGAAUAGGCAUAGAGGUUUUGGAUUCGUAACGUUUCAAUGCGAGGACAUCGUGGACAAAGUAUGCGAGAUUCAUUUUCACGAAAUCAACAACAAAAUGGUUGAAUGCAAGAAAGCGCAACCAAAAGAAGUGAUGCUUCCGGCGAAUCUAGCGAAGACCCGAGCGGCAGGAAGAGGAGCUUGCGAUUGGAUUUGGUCAAUGGGACAAAUGCAUGAUGGUUUCCCGGCAGCGCUUUACGCGGCUUACGCUGGCAGUCGCGGAUAUUCGGGCUACCCUAGUUUCGGACUCCCGUACCCAGCAGGCGUGCAAGUGUGUGCAGGUCAAGGUCGAUCGGUGGCCACUCCAAGAUGCCUGACGGCAGGGUUUCCCGGGUACAGCUUCUUCCCCACCCCCUCAACUCCGCCUAGUCAGCCCCCCAGUAUCGAGAGGUCGCCCUAUCUGGAGUACCAACCUGACGGCAACUCCGGCGAUCAGCGUAAACCGUCUGACCUGUACUCGGACAAGACUUACGUGACAGUGGAUCUCACCAAUGGGCAGCUGACGCCAAACAAUAACACUCCAUUGCUAACCCAGGCUUUAUCAGUGAUGAACAACUACCAGGCUGCAGCAGCGGCGGCGCAGGGCUACGGCCCUCCAGCCAGCCCUCACACUGUGACCCCCAGGCCGGGAUACCCCCCUGCUAACUCCCCUGGGCCCGGCCCUGCCCUGGACAUCUACUCGUCGAGUGGCGCUGACAGCGUAGCGGGGUACGUGCAGGCACCCAGCCCCCAGCCUCCAGGCUUCCCCGCCAUCGCCGUCAGUCGGGCGCCCAUCAACUACAACCCCUUCCAGGGAUCGUUGAUACCGGCUGCGUUUACUAACGGUUAUCAUUGAGAACCAGGUGUUUGGACUCUCAGGUUGCUGAGACUGCUGUCGGGUCGUCAUCUGAUCACCUGUUCUCACUCACUCUCACACCCUGAGACCGUCUUACCACGAGUCCUCUGCUAACCUAAUCAUAACUAAUCAUAAGUAUACACUGCACUAUGUCAGUAUAUAUGAUAAUAUACUUAGCCUUCACCCUGUACAAUGAACACCCUUGUCCUAUUCUUAUGCCCAUGUCCCACUUACUCGUAAGUUGUAAAGAACUUUUUAAACCUGCUGCAAACAUUAAAUUGAUUUCGAUUGUGGUUCCCUCGAAUCCGAAUCGGAGUUGUAAUUUCGAAUCCGGCUUGACCCCAGCCCCGUGUGGACUGGAAAGCGUGUCACAGCACGAAACUCUCGAUGUUAGAAUACACUGUGUACGACCUAGUUUAAUGUUUGUAAGCAACAGUACAAUAAAUCACAUACGUACAGUACCAUAAUUGUAUUUUUAAACAAUACUUAACUGGUCAUUGUUGUUGUUAUGAAAUUAUUUUAAGUUAUAGAAGUGUUUUCAAUUGUUAACAUUUGACUCAAACAUUGUAGCAUAAAUGAAUGUUAUUGUUUUUGUUAUUAUUUUCGUGAGUCUGUUCGAUAAGGGUUCAGAGGAAAGAGCCAACAUCUAGUGGCCGGAAAUCAUUCGCUGUUUACAAGUUGAUUUCCCUUUUUUCUCGACUGGAACUGUGUUUGCCCACUAAAAGUGUUGUACGGUUCUUGUAGGUUAUUGUUACGAUCUCGGUUUUUGUUACACGGUUAACGGCUAAAUUGAUAUUUUAUAUAUUUACAGGGUAUACUGUUUAAUGGUGGAAUACAGGAGAUUUUUUAAUUGUAAAGAUAUCCCAUACGCAGGCUCUUUUAUGUCUCGAUAUGCAAACGACUUUAUGGACCAAUGCGGUUAGAGAAGAAGUUUAUUCCAGUCUUUAAACUGCGAUUGUACUUUCGUUCACUGUGUUAAAAGGUAGUCGACAUUAGUUCAACUGGUUCCGUUACUUUCAUAGCAUUGAGUGUAUUGUUUCUUUGGAUGACAUGUUUAUAAUUGGGUGACACUAUAACUAUGGUCCCAGUGUGAAAUUUUUCCCAUCUAUACGUCACGUUCCGGGUGUUUGGGUUCAACUGUAACAAUGCAUGGAACUCGUUUUAUUUUGUACUUAAUACCAAAUCAAACUGUAGACAUUGAUUUAAUAGCAGUAUACGACGUUUUGAAAAUGCUUUAUCAAAUCACUGUACCACUUAAAUUUGUAUUGGGGAAGCUAUACAUUUACUUGGUUAAAAUUUAUUUUCUUUCAAUUUGAAUCGGUUCUGUACGGGAAUCUAAAGUGGUUUAUAAAACGUUCGCGAAGUUUCCAUUGUUAUAAAACUGAAAACUGACAGAGCACAAAUUGUUCGCCGGGUGCAAAAUUAAAGUUCGCCUAAUUAAAAGUUAUUUACGGGGUGUUUUCUGUUGUCGAGGUGGCAGCCCUUCUUCGUUGCUUGCUCUCAUGGGCGGAUCACCUCAAGGGCUCUCAUUGUGUCGCAGUUCCCCCCCCCCCACCACCCCGCCCACUCGACCGUCGCCACCCACUUUAUAAACAUACGUCGACCAAGCUUAGUCUUUGUUUUGUAGGCAUCUGUCGAUUCGAAGGCCUAAAUAUAAAUUUAUAUGUAAAUUGCAAUAGAGUGGUGUACGGAUGUAGGAAUUAGAGUCAGAAUAGACCAAAACCAUCGAACAAUCCGUUGCGACGUAUCCGGUCCUCCGCCUGUAAAGUAAGCUAGGGUAGCUAGCGGCGGGUCGGGCACAGGCCUCCGUUCGUUGAUUAUUUAAACACAUGAUUUACCUUUUGUAAAUAAGUUAUAGGAAUGGUUGCACUAGUUUCCUUAGAUUCGGCAUUUAUUGAACCGCUGCGCGCCUCUUCAUACUCUCUUAGUUCGUUUUGAACUGUAAAUAUCCACUGUUCUCCCCGAACCAAAAUAUUACGUAUAAAUGUAGCUUAUAGUGGCCCCCUACUACAGCUGUAUCGAUAUAUGAUAUCGACUCUGAAGACGCUCACUUACCCCACGGAUCCGGCACCUACAGCUGUACACGUCUAGAGUGGUCGUGCCGUGUCGUUAUUAUCGUAUAUAUACACAUAACUGGCAUACGGAAUACUAUAACGUGAUACUGUACCGUAAUAUCUCGAUAAAUGAGCAAUAGUCCGGGUUGAAUGUGUCGGGUCGAGACGCCGUGUCGGCCAGUAGAUUACCUUCGUACCCACCCGUUCCUGCGGUCCACACCCACGCCCCCGUAAUAUAAGACAUACAAAGCAAUACUAUGUUAACAUAGAAAUAGAUUUUACAAAGCAGUUCAUUUUAAUGCUUUAACAUAAAUUAUUGGAAGUGAUUUUAGAUGAAAAUGUAUUUUGAUACUAUGGUACUCCGUUCAGUGUUGUAAGUAGGUAUCGCACUUUGGUGUGCUCUUGCUCUGUGGACCUGGUUAUUUUUGUUCUUCAAAGUGGUGUCGUUUAAAUGUUGGCUGGCAGCAUUUUAGUCCGACCGUGUACUGAUGGUUUAUUGCAAAACGGUGCGACCCACCGUUCGCACCUGUAUUCGGCCCUGUGCCCUUAAUUUCCCCACACGCGUUUUGAGAUGCACGAUGGAUCGGUUCUCCGGAGAAAUUGCACUUAGAGAAACAUUUUAAUAACUCAUAAGCGCCGGAUAUUCAAUUCAAGCAUCCGAUCAAUUAACCUGCGCGAGAGGUCCCACCAAUUGUCGCCCCUAAUGGAUUUGCCCUGUUUCUUAAAUCACUCGAAAAUUGUGUUUCAAUUAUUCAGCCCGUCAAUUCCUUUCGUCCACUUCUUUAUCUCGAUUUGUUAAUUUAUUGUGAAAAAAAUUUAAAUGUGAAAUUUUUAAACCACGAUUAGUGAACGCCUCCAGAUAUUUUUAAAACUUUAAAGUUUUUUAGUGAUAUUCUAAAGACGAAAUUUCACUUAUUCAACUCAGAAAUUCUUUUUGUUUACUUCGUUUUUGGUAAUUUAUUUAAAACACCACAUAAAUUGCCACGUUAAGCCCAUAAUGCGAACUGAUUAUUUUUAUGUACGAAUAAAGAAAUUAAAUAAAAUGUUCAGUAAUGAAAAAUUAUACUAUUACUAGUAAGCGCUAAAAAAUGAUUAAGUGUUUCUGUAGUGUUUCAAUUGGUGAUUCAAAAAUUAAGCUUAACAAGCUGUUUCACAACUGCAACAAACAAGGAGAACAAUAAAUUGGAUUGUAUGUGAACCCGAUUUUGAUUAAAAGGCAGCCUUUUCGGCUACGCAAUUGUUAAAUCCUUUUUAAAAGUUAUAGAAAUUUGCUUCUAAAAGGCUAAAAUAUUCAGUGUUCAUAAAUGUGCCACCCAUUUUUAAAUUUCCCCACUGGUUGCUUCUGGAUUCUAAUCUGUUUUUGGAAAUCUUUGAAAUUGCCGCCAAAUUUACGCGGGUUUCUCCUCGAACCCCGCCCAAAACCGUAUCAGGUGGCGGACUGGAAUGCUGAUAGCCGAUGGGAUGCGUCGUCUUCCAACAGUGGAUACGCGGCGACUAUCGUGCUGAUACCAGCCUGCCGCUUUGCUGAGGAACCCCUCAGAGUCCGUCAGCUUAUAACUGUUGUACAUAUAUAUCUGUGUCAUGCCUGACACACACUGUAUCACUUCUUAAGCUAUACAUAUAUAUAUAUAAAUAUAAUCAUUCUUGAACGGUGGGGCUGAUUUGUCUCUUAUUGAUAGAAAGCGUAUAGUAAACAUUGUACAUAUAUAUUAAAAGCGCAUCAUUUUUUAAAGCAAAAAUGUAAAACUUUCUUUGUAUACUUUGUCUACCAAAAAUUAUUUUUAUCUAUGAACUGAUUGUAAGGUAUUAAAUUAGAUGAAGUACGUAUUUAGUAAUUUAUUUGAAUUGUCGAUUGUACCAUAGUCUGUCCUAGGUUCAGGCCAACCGUCGAUAGCUUGUUGUUUUCGGUUAUUCACCUUGUGUUAUAGGAAAGUCAGUAAUAAAAUGUAAUGUUAAUUUUUAAUAUACAGUGUUAUCUUUAAUAGACUAUAUUAUUUUUAAGUGAUAUGUCUUUCAACCCUGGAAAAUAAGCGUAGACUUCUCCAAUCAAACCUUGACCUGUACUUCAGUUAUUCUGGUGAAAUAAAUGCAAAAUUUUACCACCAAAUUGUGUUUCUCACAGUUUCUUUAUAGUCACCGGAGAUUUUGUCAAUUACAAGAUUUAGAGUUUACUUUCACUUCGGUUUUUAAAAGUUGUGUUCCUAUCGUUGCGAGAUUUAGUUGUAUAGGUUGCGACCUCGAAAGAGGUCGCUUAGUAAGAGUCUAUUUAUUUUUGCCUCAUCAGUUUGGAUGGUCAGCAUUUCUUCCACCAUUUAUAGCUAACUUUACAGUAAGAUUGUACCAAAGGAAGCAAAAGGAAUUAACCUAGCAUUUUAGUCUAGAGUACGUUUAGUUUCGUCAGCCUGGUCGGGAGUGUUAACAUGUUUAGGAUCGUAAGCAAAAUUUUAAAAAUUAGUGAAACGAAUUUUAGUUCCUGUAUCAAAAUACCAAAUGGAAGUAUUGGGUUCCUAGCCGUUGUUUCACUAUUUUCCAGGAUACAUUUACUCCAUAUCAAUGAGCCAGAAACUGUUUUACGAAGUUUCAUGAUAUUGUGAUACAAUUAACUAGCUAGCUUAUCUUUCUAUGUUAUAUUUUUGUUGCCGAUGAUUGUACAAACUCCCAGUAAAGAAGAAAAUAUUUUUUACAGUUACUUUAGAUUUAGAUUUGUUUACCCCAUUCAUUAUAGACAUAGUUUGUUUAUUGUAGCGGACAUAAUAAAUUAACACCCCUUCAAUAUACGUAGGACGCCAUCUUGUAUUUUAUCGGAGUAUAUGAAGAAACUGAACAUAUCACAUGUUAUAACCCAGUGGGAAAUAUACAGCAAACAAUGGCAUUAAUUCCGGUAUUUUCAAGAUCGGUUGGGUUCUCUUCAAAAUGUCAUCAUAACCGAGUAAGCAAUAAAUAACGUCAUAUGGUAGUUUAAUGAAACACGUCAUGAUUUCGUAUUUUGCAAUAAAAACGUUAUUUUAAAUAUUAAUUUUCUUUUAAUGUCAUCACUGAUGGUUUAUUACUGAAUUGAUCAUUUUUUUGAAAACACCCGUUUUAUUAUUGCCACUUAAAUGAACCAAAAGGAUGAUAAUUUUCAAUAGAAGCAGGGAGCCAUGAAUUUACUGUGUAUUUUCCAGUUUAUAAAUUGUAUUCUAAUUCUUUUAAUCAUAAUAUUUUUAAAAGUCGGACUAUUUUUCAUAUAGCUACCGAACCGUGUUCUGGUUGAUGAGUUAGCAUGUCAGGACUUGUGAGAACUUAGUUUUUCAUUCGUCUGUAAACCCCCCACCCCCCCUCCCAUCCACCGAACAUGUACGCUUGCUGGUGUCUAAUACCAUAUUCGUCUGACAAUAUUAAUUGAUAAAACUAAAUUCUAUGUAAAAACUGUUGUGUUGGUUAUUUUGUUUUUGUAAUUUGUAUGAAAAUAUAAUCGUUGGCCUUACUAUCUGUUUAAAUGUUUCUUUUUUGGAGAAUUUAAUAAUAAUAAUAGGUGUUCUUAAAUAUAGAGCUCAGUGUAAAUUAUAUAAAGAGAGAAAAAACACAAAAAAUAUAACUGAAAUUGACGUUAACUUAAUGUGACAUAUUGUAAAGUACAGUUAAAGCUUAUACUCGUCUCACGUGCACUAAGUGUAGUCCCAGGUAGACCUGUAGGAAGCUUGCAAUUGUGGCUGUCCUAGUCCGAGAGUGGUUCACAUCUUCGCCGAGGUUUUAUCAUUUCCACAUCCAUCAAUCGAGUAGUCGGGUUCGAGGUCCAGUCCUGGACCGGACCUCGCGAGUGAGUGAGUUCCGAGCCUUCAGCUGGUCUGAAAAGGGCUUCAAAACGGAAAUUCAAAAUUUUUUUGGAAAAUUCCUCCGAUGAUUUUCAAAACCUUCUACAGCCACCGAUUGUCGAGCUAUAGUCUACUGCCCACCCCUCCUCUGUCUAGCUGCUAACGUAGCGGAGUCCUCUUGUUUUACAAAUCAUAUUUCUAAAAAAAAGAACUGUUGUCUAUAUAUUUUUUGAACUAUUUUAUUAUAUCAGUAUUAUAAUACCCUACUACGAAGGAUGUUAACUUUUUGUUUAGAUAUGUUUCGGUAACCUUGGAACACCAACUAACUAUUUUUUAAGGUUGUGUCAAGCGUAGGUUGAGUUCGAAUUGUAUUCUCUGAGUUUAGUAUGAGUUAGUUUAUUAUUGAAUGUUACUAUUGUUAUUGUACAUUUUGUGAAUACUCCGGCAGCGUUUGUGUCGCGGUGUCGACCCGACUGUUUGCCGGCCACGACCCGACGUUCUGAUAUUUUGUACUUAUCUCCAAGAUUGAAUCGCACACCUGUCAAGUACUACUCACUUGCGGUCGACGAGCCACACAAGCGCUGCCCUCUUAUUAUUAUUACCGUUUUAGAUUUUCCUCUACUUUGGACAUAUUUAUGUCAUAGACAACUCGAACUAGAAUAAACGCUAGCAGUAGAUCAGAAUAUUUUGUUUACGGAAGUCUAACAGCCGAUUUUUUUACUUAAAAAGACAAAUUUUAUGGCUGCAUAUUGCAAUAAAAGAAAGCAAUAACCCUAUUUGUAAUGAAGAAAGCUUUUUGGGGGGUAUAUUUUGUCUUAAGGGAACUUCCCAGGCGGUCGCCUAACCAGACAAGUCAAUAGGUCGUUAUAGAUGAGCCGAGUGGGAUGAAUGUUCCACAUUUUACAAGUUUUUUAUGGACCUACUAUAUAUAUUACAUGUGCGUGCGGCAGCUCUAGUGUGCGUGUGAAUGUGUGCGUCUGUGUGUGAAUGUGUGUGUGGCCAUUGGUUUAUGUGCAAGCUUUAUAUCAACGCUAAUAAUAAAUAUAAUAACGUUCUUGACAUGUGAGUGUAUGUACAGUUAGUACCAUUGUACAUAUUAUUAUUAUGAUUAUUAAUUAUUAUUAUUACUAUUACAUACAAAUUAAUUCUAUAUAAACGUGAAGAUGAGGUGAAGUCGGUUGGUGCCGUGUGUCAGUGGCAGAAUAUAAGAACAUUGUUCAAUGAAA